AUGACAAAAAACAAUGAAAACGACGAUGACUAUGAAGACGAAGAUGGCCUCAACGGAUUCGAAAGCCUAUUGGCUGAGUACGAUGACGUCAUCGCGGAAGGGGAAUUCCAGAAUUAUUUGCUGAAUAAUUGCGAUGGUAAUGAUGGAGUUGUUUGUAGAGGGGAUGAUGUUCUCCCUAGCGGGGAACCAGGUCGAAGAGAUGGACAUCAUGGGUGGUACAACACGCUGACAGACGAUAGUUCGAAUCUCGUCUGUCCUUUUGAACCACAUACGUAUAAUCAUACAUAUAAUAAUCAGCCCCAUAUAGGCAUACCAUAA